AUGUUACUGUCGUUCGCUCAUUUAGUUUUGGUGUAUUCCGUCCUACUCUCAGGUCAGGUGGUCUUAAGUCAUCGCCUUUCACCUCAUGAUAUCCGCUCAAUAGAGCAAACGUUACAUUCAGUCGGCAAACGCGCACUCAACGGGUAUUAUGUGAUCGAUCAACAAGCGUCCAGCAAAUGGGGUUGUUCCGAGGAACAGAUUGUCGCCCUGGGACAGUUUGUAGACGAUGCCCACGCACUUGCUUUCAUGGCGUCGACUGUGCUCGGGCGAAAGCAUUCCGAGAAAUCUCCUGCGUAUGAUCUUUGGUUUGGCGAGGAAAACGCCAACGCCGACACGAGAGAUAGGAUAAAGACACUCAACUACGAAUCUGUCCAACAGUACUUGAAGCCGCCAAGUCCACAGAAUCGCAUCGACGACCUGUACUCUAAUAACCUCAGUCCGACGGGCCUAACGUACAUGUGCGCUCCCCAGGACCAUUCUAACUGUGUCGGGGAUCUGGUUGCCACUACGCACAACAAUGGUGAAGAUACAGUCACGGGAAACUUCAUCCUUUUGUGUGUUCCAUUCUGGGAGGCCGCGUCCCAGCAAGCGAUGUUGCGGGAGUGGAGGGAGGACAGGACUCUCAGUGUCUCUGGUGGAUUUGCGCUGUUGCAUGAGGCACAACACCUGAGCGCGAUCGUCAGCGAUUCGAGACGAUGCCAAGACGUUCUAGACCCAAAGAAAAGCGAUGACAGCAAAUGCUAUAGCUCGACUUGCUGUGCAGGACUCCCAGCUGCCGACAAAAUCAAGAACGCCCAGAACAUGGCGUUCUUUGCCCUGGAAGUCACAGCAGACCCCAGCAACGGCGAGGCAAAUUGGGAGGAAUCGUGUACUAUCAUGAAACGAGAUGCAGGCAGCUUGCUGCUGGGAGGACCGGAGGACCUCAUGGCCCGGGCCGCCGGUCACCGUCCUCACCUUGGGCUCGAGGGUAUCUUGCGUAGACAGAACAAGGCGUCUUCGACGCUCAGAACGGUGUGGCGGAACAGUACGAGCACGCACACAUCCGGAAAGACGACUUCAUCGAAACCACCACCUCGUUUCAUGACUCAGCCACCGGUAUCAGUGAGCGCUUCCUCCGGCGUUUCUUUCUCGAUGUCAUACUCUACCGCCCCGCCUCAGGUGGGCGAUGACGGCAAUGCCAUCGUGCCCAUUGUGCCGAUUCCUAUUCCUAUUCCUAUUCCUGUCCCUGUUCCGGUUCCUGUCCCUGGGGUUCCUCCGAUCCCCCCGAUUUUGCCUCCCUUCGGGGGCGGCGGCGGCGGCGGAGGAGGAGGAGGCGGAGGAGGAGACGAUCCAGGUGGCGGUGACGACGGUAACAACGAUGACAAAGAUGACAAAGAUGACAACGACGAUGACUCACAACCUACGCAAACAUCUGCUCCAACUACUACCGAGUCAUCGUCUCCGCCAGAAACCACAGAAAAGCCUUCACACGCAUCAUCAACAACAAGCUCCGACACCCUUCCAGAGCCUACAUGCUCGUCCAGACCACCGCUUCCACCGCUCGCCGACGGGGGUGACGCGUUUGUCGACAGAGACGGCCUCCCCCAAGAAUUCAUAGAUGAAUUGAUCGCCAAAGGAAGGAGCAGCAGCAGAGCCGCCACCUCGACGAAGCCCAUCGCGGCAAGCAGCACAAGAGCCAGGACAAUAGCCAGCACAACAGCACCAGCAGAGCCUUUGACUCCACCUCCGGCUUCAGCAGUCCAACCCGUUCCUUGUUACAACUUUGAUGCCAGGAAAUACGGGUACUGCUGCGCUACGUCAGACAACCCUUGUAAGAACGACCGUGAUGAUAGAUGUUGGUUUGGCGGAGAAGGUGUUUCUGGAGGGGCGAGUAACGUUUUGCCUAAUUUUGCGCGAUGCCCGCCUCCUCGGGGUGCCCGAUACCGGGUGCCGAUAAUUGCAGAGCCCGAUGCGGAAGUUGAGAGCUGGCGCUGA